AAUCUCCACGAACGUAUACAACAGAAUCAGGCAUGGAAACUUGAGGAAGCGUGUGCUUAGAUAUUACAAAUUUUCAGUUGUGAUUAGCGUACUCCUACAUACUUUUUUUAACCGUAACUCUCUGGUUUUGUGUCAGCUCCCUGUUCAGCAUCAUGUUUGUUUCCUCGCAAGACUCGCCUCCUGUUUUCAAAGAUUUUACCCUCGUCAUGCCGGCUGUUUCUGUUGGUAACGUGGGUCAGCUGGCGGUCGACCUCAUCGUAUCUACUCUUAACAUGAGGAGAGUGGGCUACAUGCACACAGACUGUCUCAUCCCCAUGGCUGGAAACAACCCCUACAGCUCCUGCAAAGAGGAUGCGGAGGAGCUGCACACUCCUGCAGAAGUUUACACAGCAGCAGAAAUGAAGCUGGCAGUUCUCCAGAUCAGAGCCCCAAUUAUUCAGACGAGGACCAAGCGGUUUCGCCAGCAGCUGGUAUCUUGGAUCAAAGCGAGCGGUUUCUCCAGAACAAUGGUUCUGUCCAGCAGCCAUGCCUACCAGAGAGACGACCUGCAGCUUCAGGGUUCUCCUCUUCGGUUCCUGGUCACACCGUCUCUGCUGGGAGUGAGUGCUGAUGCUCUGAAGGAGCUGGGCUGGAGGGAGAUGGAGCGAACGCCGGCCUUUCCCGGACUAACGGAUGCUGAGGCCGAGCCUCGACUCUGCAUCCCAGGAGGAGGCAUCACAAAAGGACUUUACUCUGACAGUUGUGCAGAGGAUCUCCGGCUCGCCGUCUUGCUGCUCUUCUGUUCUGAAGGAGACAACAUUCCCGACGCCUUUGCUCUGGUGAAUCAUCUCAACGACUGGCUUCAUCUGCUGGACAACCAGGACCAGGAGCCAAAUAGCAGAUGGAAAAUUCCUACUUCUUGGAGUCUUCUGUUUGGAAGUGGAAUCCCUCCUGCGCUCUUCUGAUACAAAUUUCAUCUUCAUCUUUUAUUUAACCAAUUAAAAGCCUCAAAGCAGCUUUUUCUUUUACACAAAACUCCUGCUGCAGAUGUCGAACAACACCGUCAAACAUCACUGACCCCUUAAAGAUCUCCCUUUUCCUCAAACUUCAUUCACAUCAGCAUGUCAGGAAAUGGAAAGCACUUCCAGGAUAAUAUCAAUGUUUUCCACAAUAAAAUAUUUUCAUGGGAA